AAUCAAAAGGGACCCAAUUAACCAAAACCAAAACAAAAAAUAAAAAUAAAAAUAAAACCAUCCAAUCUUUUUUGUUCACAAACCAAUGUUGGGUACUAAUCUAAGUCCACCGGAAAAAAAGGUUUCACGCCGCCAUUCGGAGUCGGCGACACCGGAACCAUCCGAAGCACAAACACCAAGGGUAGUACUCAUAUUGGCUUCCAUUUUGGAACGUUUAGUGGCUAGAAAUGAUGCAAUUGUACAAAAUGAGAUGUUAAAGGAAGUAAUUGGUCCUAGACAAAUAGGGGAAUUAGGGACUAAUUUAAAGGUUUUUAAUGGAGUAAGAGCCCCAAAUAUAAGUAUAGUUAAGUAUUUGGAAAGAUUAUAUAAAUAUACAAAGUGUAGUCCUUCUUGUUUUGUAGUAGGAUAUGUUUAUAUAGAUAGGUUGGUUCAUAGACAUCCUGAGUUGCUUGUUGUCAAAAUUAAUGUGCAUAGGCUUCUACUUACAAGUGUUAUGGUUGCCUCUAAGAUGCUUGAUGAUGUGCAAUUCAACAAUGCGUUUUAUGCAAAGGUUGGUGGUGUAAGCAACUCAGAACUAAACAGAUUGGAGUUGGAAUUACUCUUCUUAUUGGAUUUUGAAGUGAUGGUAAGUUCUCCGGAAUUUCAAAGCUAUUGUUGGUACCUUGAAAAGGAAGAUAUGCGUAUAAGUGCUUCUCUUACAAUUGAACCACCUUUACAUUUUUCUAUUAAAGAUGAUGUAAAUGUUAUUUGAAUGGGGGAUACGUAUAUAUAUACUGUAUUUAGCAAUACGUAUAUAUAUACUAUAUUUAGGUACAAAAGUCACUUUCUAUUUUUAACAUUUUUUGAUUGAUAUUGAAACUUUACAUCUUGGAUAUUCACACAAAAUUUAUGUAAAGAUACAUACUCCUUAAUUAUAGAAUGUUGUGUUUUAUUCCUCCAUGCA